CCUUCACCUACCUUUUUCGGUUGCGAUCCGAAGCUAAACAACAACAUUCAUCCAACCAGCGUCUCUCCGGAGUCACAACUUAUAAUGAGCGAGACCCAGGAUGUAGCUCAGCCUAAGAAGCUCAAGCCUGCGAGAAAGCAGGUUAAGCCAGGCCAGGUCGAGAAGAAGGAGGAAAUGCAGCCGGGGAAGGAAUACAAUAUAUGGUACAACAAAUGGGCGGGAGGGGAUAGGGAGGACCCUUACUCAAAUAAAACGAAAUCUCAGACUCGUUGCAAUAUUAGGCGGGAUUCAGGCUUAACUCGCGCCGAUGCAAGUGGAGUGAAAUACUGCUGCUUAUUCUUUGCUCGUGGCUGCUGUCCAUACGGAUACGAGUGCAAUUACAUCCACAGGCUACCGUUGCCAGAGACCGAACUCCCAGAUUCCUCGAAAGACUGCUUUGCUCGCGAAAAGUUUGCGGAUUAUCGUGAUGAUAUGGGCGGUGUUGGCUCCUUCACCAGACAAAACCUAACAUUAUAUGUUGGUCGUGUCAAGGAGACAGGAAACGCGCAGGACACUGAAGAAGUUGUUAGAAGACACUUUGGUGAAUGGGGAGAAAUAGACAGGGUCAGAAUCCUACAGUACAGAAGCGUCGCUUUCGUAACAUAUAAAGAUGAACUACAUGCUCAGUUCGCUAAGGAGGCUAUGGCUUGUCAGAGCUUAGAUAACGAUGAAAUUUUGAACGUUAGGUGGGCAACUGAGGAUCCAAACCCUGUUUCAAAAGUUGCAGAAAAACGACGGUUGGAAGAAAUUGGAAGAGCCGCGAUCUCAGCUAAGCUUGACGACCGGAUAAUAGAUGCGAUGCGGUCCAUCCGAGCGCUCGAGGAUGGUGAAGAAGUACCUCAACCAUACGAGGAGGCUGAAGACGAUGCUGAUGGUUUGGAAGACGAGGCAGGCGAUUCAAGGAAACGACGGAGGAUUGAGCCUGCGGAAGAUUCGUACGCAGUACCCGAUGAGCCUGAAGAGGUAGAAGAGCAAUCAGCAGCAAAUGGGUUACUGAGUGCUGAGGUAGUGCAAGGGUUGAAGUAUUUCGCACAACUUCGUCAGAAGGGUGUCCAGUUCGCCAUUGCUACGCCAGAAUCGGUAAAUCCCCUAACGAAAGGUGUUGGAGGUCUGGCUGAUUACGGGAGUGAUGAGGAUGAGGAUUGACCACACUAUAAUGUAUGUAUUCAAAGUAAUAUUGUAUCCAAUGCAUGGGGUGCCAGCUCGCUUGCUUCAUCAA